AUGGCGGGUCCCGCCUGGCGCUGGGCGCUGCGCGCUGCCCGCCUCCCCGCGGCUGGGGCGGCUCCUGGGGCUGGCGCGGCGGUGAGUGAGGCGGGAGGAGGGCGGGGGACCCGCCGGGUGCGGGAAGCAUGGCGAGGCGCCGCUCUCGAGCGGCCCCGCGGCUCGCCGCGUGCGGGCGGGGGAGGCCGCCGCCCUGACCCGAUGGGUUUGAAAGCUUCCAGCUUUGCUAAGUGGUUUAUUUUAAGGCGAGCCCUUCGUUCUUUUCUGAGCUCCUCAGGCUCCAGGGAUGAGGCUCUAAGGGACAAACGCGCCCGGAUCGUGUCUCGCGGGCUGCCCAAACAGAAGCCCAUCGAAGGAGUUAAGCAGGUGAUGGUCGUGGCUUCUGGGAAAGGGGGAGUUGGAAAAUCAACAACAGCAGUGAAUAUAGCCCUCGCCCUAGCAGCAAAUGAUUCGACAAAAGAAGUUGGUUUACUUGAUGCAGACAUAUAUGGACCUUCAAUUCCAAAGAUGAUGAACUUGAAGGGAAAUCCAGAAUUAACACCAAAAAAUCUAAUGAGGCCUCUUAAGAACUAUGGAAUCGCAUGCAUGUCUAUGGGUUUCUUGGUUGACGAGACUGCCCCUGUUGUGUGGAGAGGGCUCAUGGUAAUGUCAGCUGUUGAGAAAUUAUUGAGACAGGUUGACUGGGGUCAACUGGACUAUUUAGUAAUUGACAUGCCGCCUGGGACUGGAGAUGUGCAGCUGUCAGUCUCACAGAAUAUCCCAAUUGCAGGAGCUGUGAUCGUCUCCACUCCACAAGAUGUGGCUUUAUUGGAUGCCCGCAAAGGAGCUGAAAUGUUUAGAAAAGUCCAUGUACCUGUUUUAGGACUAAUUCAAAAUAUGAGUGUUUUCCAGUGUCCCAAAUGCAAGCAUGAGACACACAUUUUCGGAUCUGAUGGUGUAAGAGAUCUAGCAAAAACCCUUGGAUUGGAUGUUUUAGGAGACGUUCCACUACAUGUUAAUAUACGAGAGACGUGUGAUUCAGGACAGCCUGUUGUGAUCUCGCAGCCUCAAAGCAAUGCUGCUAAGGCCUACCUAAAGAUAGCUAUGGAGAUAGUAAGACGACUUCCAGUACCUCCAGCUUGAAAUGUUUAUCACUGAAACUUACCAAAAAAGUGAUCUUUUGGUGCGACUGAUGCCGAAGAGUCCUGCUACCUAGUUAUGUGGAUGCCGUAUUUCCAUUCUAAGGACUUUUUUAGACGUUAAAUUACUAGAAUUUAAAUUACAGUUGUGAUGUUUUCUCUUUUUCCAAUCAUUAUUUGACCAUGUCCAAAUGGAUUGAAGUAUGCAAAAGAUGAUAGGCAAUAUUUAGCUACUGGACUGAACAUCAUCAAGCAAGAAGAGAUGAAGUGCAUCUUUCAUAUGUGCCCUGUUUUUAGGGUCAAGAAUGCAAAACAGCCUCUCUAGCCAAGCAGAAUGAUGAUGGGGUUGCCAAGGCAUAAGUGCUUCUUAAAAAAUAACAUUUGCAAUACUUAAAUUGCUGUCAGUUUUGAUUCAGCUUUUUAUUUGGUUAACUAUCAAGCUCGGCAGAAUUUUAAGAAGCAAAUUCGGUUAUGUAACUGCAGUAAUUUUAUGUGUUUAUCUUUAAAAAUAAAUUAAAAAGUUCAGCAUAUACUCUGAAGAGUUUCUGUGAUGGAUCCUGAGCAAAUUCAUUCAUUAUUGGACAAUGUCGGAUCAUGAGGCAAGUCACAGUUUAGUGGAGAAUGGAUUACAUGACCCUGAGGCUUUUUUCUUGGCUUCUUUGCAUUAUAAUGGACCUAAACAGAAGACUAGGUAACCAAGGUUUUCACUGAAAACUAGAUGUUGUGCCUCAGCUCAGUUUGCCAGGGGUUGCAAAUGCUAAAUUAAAUUUGUGAUUGCAUAUUCCCAUUACAGUGGACAAACUUGGAAUGUGAAUACAUUUUUGAAGUAAAGAAGAAUUUGGUCUUCAAACUGCAUGACCUUGUGGAUUUGGGUUUUUUUAUUGCCGUAUAUUUCUGCCAUGUAUAUUUUUGUGUCGGUGUGUGGAAGUGGAUGAAUAUGCCUUCAGAGAAUGAGCUUCCGUGUACAAUUAGAUGUUUGAAUUGACAGUUAGGCUUUUUCAAUUACACAAUCAUAUAUGGAGUAUCAUAAACAAUCAUUGUAACCAUACCAUACUGGGAUUUUAACCAUACUAAAGCCUGUUGACUUCUGUGGGACCAAGAUUUUGCCUGUACUCCAAGUAAUUAUUCAUAAUUUUUGAUGUAGUUGUUUUUUAUUAUUGAAGUGAUACAACAUGGAAAGUUAGUAUACCUUUACAUUAAGAAUAUUUAAGUAGUAUGUACUCAGAGUUUACAUAGGAAAGGUAGACACAAAUUAUGGGUUGAAUUUCAAGCUUAUGGGUUGAAAUAAAAGCUGGCUUAGCGUCCUGCCCUUUCAUAUUUUAUUGAUAACAAGUUGGGUUUUUAAAUUGUUUUAUCUCUACACAUAUUUUUAUUCCUUUCUUUACAUAUUGGGAUUGUUAGUACAUAUGUCUACAAGUAAUCCUGUAAUUGUUUUGGCAUAGUAUAAUUGUAAGUUGCAGUGGAAAAACUGGGAUUUCUGACUGUUAUUUAGCAGAAGACUGAUACUUUGGUAUUUAUUUAUUUAUUAUUUUCAUUCUGUUAAUAAGAAUGUGUAUGACACCUUCACAUUGAGACCAGGUGAGCAAUCACUAUACAGAUAUAAUGUUGUUUGUUUUCCCUUUCUUUUCUUUCUCAUUGCUUUUUUUGUUAGUUGAUGGGUGAAAUUUGCUUUCAAAUGUCCUUUUAUUUUUACUCCUUUUUACUUUUUUUUCUUUUAAUUAAAUACUAUGGCUUUGCCUUUUGAAUCUUUCACCUGCAAAACUCUUUUGGAUGCCUUUAUCAAAAAACUGAUUAUAGUGAUUCAAUAUAGUUUCUAAGCUAUUCUGAAAAUUCAUAUUUAAUUAAUUAAUAUUUUUAUGUAAGGAUUAUACGUAGUAGGUGAAACCAGAUUU